GCUCCCGCACACUCUAUUUAGGGCGGGGUGGGGGAGCGCGGCGGGCGCACACCUGAGCGCUACCUGGCCAGCCGCGCACCGCCGGGAUUUCUCUCCUGCCUGCAGCUUUGGAGCCUGCUUGCCACGUCUGUACCCGCUCUCUGGUGCCCAUGGCUGCAGCCUGCCAGAUCAGCAACGUGUUCAGCAACUACUUCAGCGCCAUGUACAGCGCGGAGGACCCCGCCCUGACCUCUGCGCCCCCUGCCGCCGCCUUCGGGGCUGAGGACGCUGAGCUGACCCUCGGCAGUCCCCAGGUGUCGCUGGAGGGCACAGAGAAGGCCAGCUGGUCCGGGGAGGAGCCCCAGUUCUGGUCGAAGGCGCAGGUCCUGGACUGGAUCAGCUACCAGGUGGAGAAGCACAAGUACGACGCCAGCGCCAUCGACUUCUCCCGCUGCAACAUGGACGGCGCCACGCUGUGCGGCUGCGCCCUCGAGGAGCUGCGGCUGGUCUUCGGGCCCCUGGGCGACCAGCUCCACGCCCAGCUGCGCGACCUCACUUCCAGCCCCUCCGACGAGCUCAGCUGGAUCAUCGAGCUGCUGGAGAAGGACGGCAUAGCCUUCCAGGAGGCCCUCGAAAACCCCUUCGACCAGGGCAGCCCCUUCGCCCAGGAGCUGCUGGAGGACGGCCAGCAGCAGGCCAGCCCGUGCCACCCCGGCAGCUACGGCGCCGGGGCCCCCUCCCCCGGCAGCUCCGACAUCUCUACCACAGGGACUGGCACCCCGCAGAGCUCCCACUCCUCAGACUCCGGUGGAAGCGACGUAGACCUGGAUCUUGCAGACAGCAAGCUCUUCCCCAGAGACGGCUUCCCUAACUACAAGAAGGGGGACCCUAAGCACGGGAAGCGGAAGCGGGGCCGGCCCCGAAAGCUGAGCAAGGAGUACUGGGAGCGUCUGGAGGGCAAGAAGAGCAAGCACGCCCCCCGAGGCACCCACCUGUGGGAGUUCAUCCGGGACAUCCUCAUCUACCCGGAGCUCAACCAGGGCCUCAUGAAGUGGGAGAACCGGCACGAGGGCGUCUUCAAGUUCCUGCGCUCCGAGGCCGUGGCCCAGCUGUGGGGCCAGAAGAAGAAGAACAACAACAUGACCUACGAGAAGCUGAGCCGGGCCAUGAGGUACUACUACAAACGGGAGAUCCUGGAACGGGUGGACGGCCGGCGGCUCGUCUACAAGUUUGGCAAAAACUCCAGCGGCUGGAAGGAGGACGAGGUCGUCCAGACUCGGAACUGAGGCCGGAACCGGACCCUGGACCACACCCACGGACCACUCCAGGCCCGCAGCCCUCCUGGGAGGGUGCAGGCCAGAAGGACCCCGUGCCGGGACCCGCUCCUCGCCGUGCUGAGAAGCUAAAGCUCGCGCGUGGCAUCGGCCCUCGUGCUGGGAUUCGGAGCCUGUGUCCUCGCCCUCCUCUUGGAAUACAAGCCCGGGGCUUGGAGCGACGGGGCUGCUGCCCGUGCGUCUCAUGUGACCUGGUGCCUCCUCGAACUCGACCCCUGACACCAGCCGCAUAGGACACCUGACACCUUCCUCCUGCUGAUGGCCGGACUGAGCCGGGGGGGGCCAGGGGCGGCCCGAGGCUUGCACCGCGACAGAGAGGACAGACAGAGAGGCCCGGGCGGGGUCCCCCGGCACCUUCUCUCCGGACUGGUUUCCACCUCCCUGUUCAGCACUCGGGCUCCACGGGCGGCGGUCAGAGUGCCCCCUAAUUUAUGUGCUAUAAAUAUGUCAGAUAUGUACAUAGAGAUCUAUUUUUUCUAAAGCAUGCCCCCCACCCCUCCUCUCCCACCACGGCCAGACUGACUGUUGCUCCAGGUCCCCAUGGGGGCUGGCGAGGGGUGGGGCGGCGCCAGGGCCCUCAGGCGGGGGCUCCUGGCUCCUUUCUGCUGUGAAUGGAGGCGACACCUCCAAUAAAGUGCCUUCGGGGCUUUUUCUAACCUUUGUCUUAGCUCCCUG